CCCAGUUCCGAUAGGCUGAACGGUCUGUGUCUGGGUCAUUGACGGUACUUGGAGUACCGAUCCCCUCCGGCAGGCUGUCCUUCCGGGCUCCAGCUGCCCCUGUCUGCCCGAGCCGGCAUGGCCAUCUCCAUCCAGCUCCAGCCCAGCCCCCGGUGCCUGUUCGAUGAGCCGCUCGAGGUGCGGGUGAGCGGCCUCUGCCCGCACCAACAGGUCACCCUCAAGGCUUGGCUCCGCGACGAGAAGGAGCAGCUUUUCCAUUCGGCCGCUCUCUACACGGCCGACCCCCACGGCCAGCUCGACCUGACUCGCUCCCCCUCCCUGGGGGGACACUACACCGGCGUCCAGCCCAUGGGACUCUUCUGGUCGCUCAGCCCCGUCACUCCGUUCACUCGCCUGGUCAAGAGGGACGUGGCCGCUUCUCCCCUCUCCGUCCACAUCGAGAUCUUUGACGGACACUGGAGCCUCGGGCAGCUCCCACCGCAGCCUCUAGCCACCGCUAUCAAUCAGCGCUGGUUCAUGAAGGAGGGUCUGGUCAGGAUCCCAGUCAGAGAAGGCAGGAUCCGAGGGACCCUCUUCGUCCCACCCGGUGAUGGUCUAUUUCCGGGGGUUAUUGAUCUGUAUGGGUCAGUUGGUGGGAUUGUUGAGUAUCGAGCUAGUCUCUUAGCAAACCAUGGAUUUGUUACGUUGGCUUUAGCAUAUUUUGGAUUUGAUGACCUUCCAAAGGAUUUCAUGAAUCUUGAUCUGGAAUAUUUUGAAGAAGCUGUGAACUUCUUGAGAAGGCAUCCAAAGGUUAAGGCUCCAGGAGUUGGAGCAAUAGGGAUUUCAAAAGGAGGAGAUCUAGUUCUAUCAAUGACCACAUUUCUGCCACAUGUGAUAGCAGCAGUUAGUAUUGGUGGAUGCCAUGCUAACACAUUGGGGAACCUGCACUACAGAAACAUUACUCUUCCUGGUCUCGGUUUUACUUUAGAAAGAAUCAAAUUUUCAGAAUCCAAGCUGAUUGAUAUCUCUGAGCUGACAAAUAACCCAAUGGAGGAAGAAAACAAAGAUUGUGUUAUCCCCAUUGAAAAAGCUGAGGGGCACUUUUUGUUUGUGGUUGGAGAAGAUGACAAGAAUUGGAAAACUUCACUCUAUGCUCAGCAGGCUGUUGAAAAACUGGAAGAAAAUGGCAAAACAAAUUAUGAACUUAUUACUUAUCCCGAGGCCGGACAUCUCCUGGAGCCCUCAUAUUUUCCAUUUUGCCAUGCUUCUUCUCAUCGGCUGGUGGGACAGCCUGUGGCAUGGGGAGGGAAAAUGAAGCCACACGCACUGGCACAGAUAGAUCUGUGGCCAAAGAUCCAGUCUUUUCUACGAAAACAUCUUGAACAUCAGAGCAAAUUGUGAACCUAUUCAGCCUUCACAAAAUUAGUGAAUAAAUUGCAUUUUUUCAGGUUUAGUUUAAUCCAAGUUUUUUCCAAUCUAUAACAGAUUUCCUCCUCUUGUAUAACUAUAUUUUACUAAGCAUUUAAAUAUGUAACCAAUUGUUUUGCUUUGCGAAAACUGCAGUUUUUGAACUUCCUGAAUUCUGAAACUCAGCUGUAAUUUUUACUUGCUAGUUAUAAUAUAGCAAUAACAUUUGACUGAGCAAAAUGUUACGGAGGAGUAAAACAAUUUUUGAACUAAAUGCAAGAUUUUCUGUGAGUGUCACUUUUCAGAUGCCUCAGGAUAAACUGAAUUUUAGAAUUUGUCUUUGAGGUUUUGAAACUGCAUAUCUGGGAUUGGCAAGAGGCUUUGGCUUUUUAUUAAUUUAACAUACAUAAAUGAAUGUAAAAUCGUGAACUGUAGAAUGCAGAAACAGCAAACCUGUUCUCAGUUAAACAGCAUUCAAUGUAAAAUAUUCACUGUUGAAAGGUAUCAGAUGAAUUUUCUCUCCCUUUCUUUCACCAAUAAAGGCCGUUUUUAAAAA